CGCGUAUAAAUAACACAUGUUUCGAAUUUUUACCAAUAAUAAUAAACACAAAUAAUAGGGAGCAAUUGGCUUUUCUUGACCCAUCCACUUUAACAAUUUCCUUACACUCUAAAUUAGCACCUUGCGAGGAAUAUCAAAAAAUUCUUAUACAAACCUCUGAAAAUAUCUUUGAGGUGGACCAACUUAAAGGGGGGAUACAAAGUGUUCACAUUAAUAAAUUAAAUGAAGCAGAGCUUGAUUUAGGAAUGAAAUCAUUUAUUCCAAAACUAGCUCCUCAUGCAUUUCAUCACUUGGUUCUUUUAAAUUUAACUGACUUAGCAACUCAUGCCUUUGCAACAAACUUAGUGCAAAUAAGUCAAUUGACCUACAAAAUAGACAAAAAUGAGGCAUCUGAAACAAAAACCACAUUAUCUGAUGAAUGGUCUGCAAUAGAAAAUGCAAUUAUUGAAAAGGCUGUUGGAAAUUAUUCGACUCUCUGGCGAAAUGCGGUAACAAUAUGUCUAAUCAUUUGCCUUGGGGACCUAGUAGCUCGACUAAUAUUUGCUUACAUGGGAGUAAGACUUCAAGGACCCAUAAUGGCUAUAGGCAGGCCCAUAAUCAACGGCAUAACCAAACGUUUUGGGUCCAAAAGGACACGAUCACCAAAUAAAACAGGGAGCACAACUGAGCUCCAAGACCUAACUAAAACGGAAUCAAGUAGUCCUGAACAAAGUACAUCCUGUGGGAUUAGAGAAAGAUUGAUUGACGAGCUUACUCAAUCUUUUUCUAAUCAAGAAUCUGAAAUAAACUCUGAGGAGUCCACGAAAAUUCAAAUAAUUAAAGGGAAUGAAUUUCUAGACUGGCUUAAUGAAUUUCUCUCAAACCCGAUAAGCAAAAAGCCGUCUUAUAAAUUGCCUCAAAACUCCGGGGAUUUAACACACUUUUUAGAUAAAGCCACACAUUUUGGAAAAGAAAUCCCAAAUUUCAAUACGAUCAUAGACCCAAUUAACAAAACAUCUGGGGACGAAACCAUCAAGUGGAAUAAGGAACAAAUUUCCAUUUAUAAAGCCAUUUUGAAUCAAAUGAACGUACUAGCUCGAGGUAAUGCCAACUCCCCAACCCAUAGGCAACUGAGAAAGACUAUCUCCUCUACGGUGCUUACUAUUGCGGUUAUUCUCAUUCUAGUUCCAAAUGCAGCUGCGGCGCCAAUCAAAACUUAUCCAAUUCAAACUUCUCAGGACUCACUCUUAGUCUCAGUAUUUGUAGUCUCUAUAAUAAUUGCAUUAGUUAUCCAUUUUACAACCUUAUUUUAUACACAAUCUAAACCCACUACACCGAUCACGGCAAUAAUAAAAAUAGAAAUAAAUGACAUAUCUGUAAAAGCACUUGCCGACACAGGAGCCACAAUAUCGAUUGCUCCCAUUUCUCUAUCUCACAAAUUAAAUACUAACCCACGAACAUCCAACAUUGAAGCACUAAGUGUUUCAGCUCAUGUUAUGAAAAUACUAGCAACAGCCACAGUUUAUUUCAAAAUCGGGAAAAUCACCCUGAGGGGUCCACUUCAUUUUGUAUCGGAUGACCAAGCAAAAGCUCUUAAUGGGUACCAAGUAAUUUUGGGGAGCGAUAUUUUUGCUAGAAUCCCACCAAUAACCUUUGAUUUUCACAAUGAGAUACUUAAAGUCGGAAAUGACUCACUUCCCAUGGAAACUAGUAAUAAGCAACAAUACAACCUGAAAGUCCGGUCUCUAGAAAAUUAUAAAAUAUUACCGGGGACACAAAAAAUAAUAAGAGCUAAAAUCGAUAAUGCUCAAAAUUCGGAAAAGGAGGUAUUAAUAGAAACUCUGGAUUCCCGACUUGAGGAACAAAACCUCUGUACCAUUCCUACAGUAUCGAAACCUAACAACAAUGAAAUAAAUCUGAUCAUUUGUAAUCCCACAAACAUGUUGAUAACUUUAACACAACGCACAUGCUUAGCAAGUGCAGACGAAAUACGAACUACAGAACAUCCUGAAAUAUUUCUGGAAGGUUCGCCCAACGAAAUUAAUGUCCUGCGGGACUCACUAAAGAAUUCUAGAGUCGAAAUAGAUCCCACAUUUAAAAUUGAUUUUGCCAAAUCCUCAGUAUCAGGGGAAAAUCUCAAUAAAUUGAAAAGUCUUUGCGAAGAAUUUAAUGAUAUAUUCAGUAAAAGUCAGUACGACUUAGGGUCCUGUACAGCAGGUGAACAUGACAUAAUUACAAAUUCUGAAACACCUGUAUCUUCAAGACCACACAAAACACCAUUCAAGUACCACGAUGAGCUCCAAAAGCAUAUUGAUCAACUCCUUGCCUCAGGUGUCAUGAUCGAGUCUGACACACCGUGGGUCUCAAACAUUGUACUAGUCCAGAAAAAGGAUGGAGGACUACGCCCUUGCAUCGACUUCAGGAAGCUCAAUGAGGUAACAAUACCCGAUCACUAUCCCCUCCCUAGGUUGGAAGCCAUAAUGGAUCGAAUUGGAAAUUGUCACUAUUAUUCGAGUCUAGACCUGUCUAGUGGGUAUUUACAAAUUAGACUAACUGAAAAUGCAUCCAGGAAGUGUGGACUUAUAACUGAAGAUAAAAUUUACCAAAUGAUAAACCUUCCUUUUGGAUUAAGAAAUGCCACAAGCGCUUUUGCUCGUUGCAUGGCCCAUGUCCUAAGUGGUUUAGAUAAUUGUGUAGUAGCUUAUGUGGAUGACAUAGUAGUCUUCACUAAGCCCGAUGAUUUUGAGACACACUUGAGUUCACUAAAAAGCGUAUUCGAACGCUUUCGUAGGUUUAAUCUUAAAUUAAGCCCCAAAAAAUGUAUAUUCGCUGCGGCGACCAUGAACUUUCUUGGCUAUAUAGUCAACUCAAAUGGAUACACCCCAAGUCUAGGAAAAGUGGAAGUAAUCAAAAAUCUUCCAAACCCAAAAACAGUAAGGGAAGUCAAACAUGUAGUAGGAAUGGCAUCCUUUUUUCGUAAACACAUUCCUAACUUUUCAACAAUUGUAGAACCACUAACUAGGCUUACAAAAAAGGAAAAGAAUUUUGAGUGGGGUGAGGAGCAAAACAAUGCUUUUAAUAAAAUUAAGGAAAUUUUAACUCAAGAACCGGUUCUAAUUUUUCCCGACUAUGAAAAACCGUUUCACAUCUUUACAGAUGCCUCAACUGUUGGACAAGGUGGUGCUUUAAUGCAAAAGAACGAAGAAAAUAAAACAUUUGACGCAAUUGCCUAUUGCAGUCGAACACUAUCUAUGUCUGAACGUAGAUGGCCAGCAGUUCAAGCAGAGCUUGGAGCAAUUAUUUUUGCUCUUAGAACUUUCAAACCUUACAUUUUCAUGGCAGAAAUUGAACUUCAUUGUGACCACAAACCUCUGGCAUUCCUUUUGAAGAAGUCAGACGCACAUCCCAAUCUAGCUAGAUGGUUAAUCGAGCUGCAGAAUUACAACAUAAAAAUAAUUCAUGUAGCUGGUAAACAAAAUCUGUUAGCAGAUGGACUCUCACGAUUCCCACAAGAAAAUAUUCCUGAGACGGCAAUUAAAGAUCUGAGUGAACUUCAGGACAUAGCAAACUUUCCUGUAUGUUUAUCUUUAAGCCUUAAACCACGAGUGGUUCACGAACAAUUUAUUUUAAAUCUCACUGCGCGUGAUAUAGAAGGCAAAAUGUUCUCAAUUGAUAUUCGUAGGGAGCAAGGUCAAGACCCCGAAACAAAAUUGUUAAUCGAAUUCCUCGAGUUCGGAACAUUUCCUGCGGGAAUCACUGAAAAUGAUAAAGAAGAAAUAACAUCAAAAUCCGAAAACAUGUCUAUGAUUUCGGGUAUACUCCACCAACAAAUGCAAGGCCAAGUCCCAAGAAUAUAUAUACCUAUGUCCCUAAGGCCAUUAAUAUUUGAAGCCUUCCACACCUCAGUACUUUCCGGGGGGCACAUGAAUCUCAAAAAGACACUUAAUAAAUGUAGGAAAUUUUAUUGGCCAAUGAUGCAUAGAGACAUUGCUAACUGGACGAAGUUGUGUAUUACAUGCCAGCUUAGGCACUCACCUAACCCUGCUUACCGUGCUGAAAUGCAAAUGCCACCCAAAAAUACUUUGUUUGCCCAAAUUGCUUUAGACCUUGCAGGCCCUCUACCUCUCACACAAAAAGGAAAUAAGCACCUUCUAAAUAUAAUAUGUACUUUCACUAAGUAUAUUAUUUCUGUUCCCCUUCCUGAUGCAAAAGCUAAAACCAUUGCGAUGGCCUUUUUCAAAAAUUGUUACCUCAAAUUUGGAGGAUGCACAAAUCUUUUAACUGACAAUGCGACAGCAUUCACUUCGGACUUUUUCAAGUCAUUUUGCUCUCUCUUAUAUAUUAAUAAAUGCUACGCCACUCCCCAUUGGAGCCAAGGUAACCCAGUAGUGGAGAGAUCCUUCAGAACGUUUCACAAUAUUCUGUCAAAAUAUCUUUCCAAGGACGAACCUGACUUUGAUGAAUAUAUUGAGUGCGCGACUUUUUGCUAUAACACAUCCACUCAUGCUUCAACCAAUGAGACACCCUUCUUUCUUAUGUAUGGGCGGGACCCGAUAUUUUGCAUAGAGCAAAUACUCGACCCCAAGACAGAUUUAGAAACUCCCAUUGAAGUGAAUGAAUUUAAACAAAAAUUAGUUAAUGUUUUAGGUAGGGCAUGGGAAUCUGCUGCGGCAGUCAUUCAAGAAACACAAUUAAGAGCGAAAACACAAUACGACAAAUUAGUCCGUAACCCAACCAUUCUAGUGGGGGAUAGGGUACUCCUUCGCAAUUAUACAGGGAAAGUAGGAACAUCUAAGAAGUUCCACAUGCCCUGGAAGGGAUUAUUCCGUGUAACUAAAAUAGAUGGAGUCCUAGUAACGAUUUUAAGUUGCACCUCGCCUCAAUCGAACCCUCGUGUAGUACAUAUAAACCAAAUAAAGAAAUAUUAUGAGGAAUCUGGUCCACCAAAUACGCAAAAUUCUUUACCACAAUCGGAAAAAGAAGUUUUAGAUAACAGUCAGGCACAAGAACAAGCUAAUGUUCCCGGUUAUUCACACUCAAAUCGAACCCAAACACAAACAUCUGAUAAACAAGCCUCUAUAUCACUACCCACUAAAGAUCUUAACAAAACACAGGACCCAGGAACUGAACCUGAAACAAAUAAUACUCCUCAAAUACUUGAAAGGCAGGGAAAAUCAAAGUAUGGUCUUAGAAAUAAGCCAAGAAGAAAAAACUUCUCUGACUAG